AUGUUCGACGGCUUAUUUAUGCUGCUCAUUUUGAGCGUGAUAAUGUGUUUGAGUUGCUUUCUUGCUGGAGCAAUUCCACUAUCUAUGACCUUAUCGCCGUCCCAACUUCGAUUAAUAUCUACGAUUGGUAUGGGAGUGCUUGUCGGGACUUCGCUGGUUGUUAUCAUACCCGAAGGGAUUGAAGCAGUGUAUACUGCAGGAUCUUCGGCACAUACUCAUGGAGCAAGGAGCAUGAGGGUUCAAGAGAGAAGCUCCGAGCUAUCGUGGGUUGGUGGAGUCAACACAAUCGCAUACUCGAACAAAGCAAUUGUCAAUCGAAGACAUGCCCAGCUAAAUUCAAAGACUUCGCAGCCCGUAGAAGUUGAGAUCAUCACCAGGGAAACUCUGGCAGAGGAAAAGGAAAAUAGUGCACCAGAAAAGUCGGAUGAAAAACCAACGGGUGAAAGCGAUGUGCAUCACGACGAGGACGAAUCACCUACAUUCUGGAUUGGUUUAUCUCUGGUUUUGGGAUUCAUUCUUAUGUUCUUAAUUGACAAAGUUCCAAGACAUGCUUCCGAGAAAUUACAAGCCCCGGUAGCUCCAAGGCAAAUUUCUCUUAACAAUCUAUCUCAAGGAAUAUCAAACAUCUCUUCGUCUGAUGAAGAAUCAGACGGCUUUUUUCAAUCACUCACGCCGAGCCCGAAGCAAAGUCGUAGUCUGGCUACAACGACAGGGCUUGUGAUACAUGCGUCGGCAGAUGGAAUAGCUAUGGGUGCAUCCGCCUCUACAUCCAACACGAAACUAGGGUUUAUCAUUUUCAUUGCAAUCAUGGUCCAUAAAGCGCCUGCCGCCUUUGGACUUACAUCCGUCUUACUGAAGCAAGGACUUUCGAAACGAGCAGCACGUGGUCAUCUCAUAGUUUUCAGUCUCGCAGCUCCAUUCGGUGCCAUCACGACGUUUCUAUUAGUAAAUAUUCUUGGUGGUGGGAAUAUCGAGGGAGCCAAAGGACAAUGGUGGACGGGAAUGUUACUAUUGUUUUCUGGUGGAACUUUCCUAUACGUCGCAAUGCAUGCUAUGCAAGAAGAUUCGGGGGUGCAUUCCCAUGAACACACAAAUUCCAAUGGGUAUCUUGACGGUAUUUCACAACGUAAACAAGCGAAACCGCAAAUGAGAGAUACGCUCGCGGCUGUCGGGGGAAUGUUGAUCCCUCUAUUAACACAGUUUGGCCAUGACCAUUGA